AUGGCGGGCAAGCCUCCGGACCUCGCUGAGGGCCGCUUCUUGUGGGCAUGUCCCCACGGCAGCAGCACCACGUGCAACUCCAAGCGCUGGAAGCUGCCGAAGGACCCGGGCCCCGAGAGCAUUUCCACCCUCAACGAGUGGUGCCAGGCCAUGUCGCCCCACCUGUCACUGCACUGGGACUUCAGCUUCCUGGAUGCCUCGCAGGCGGGCAAGGCUCGCCUCGGCCGCGCCGACGCAGGGCGAUUAGAUCUCUCUUACAGCAGCGGCAACUUUAAAGGCCAGCUGAACAACCUGCUCCACAAGCUUCUUCGCCGACCAGUGGUGAAGGGCGACGUAGUCUACGAGGUGGAGUCAGAGAACGCACCGUUCACCGCCUCAGUGUCCCUGACGCCUGACGCACUUUGGGCCUCCUUGGGAGGGCAGCGGCGGCCUUUCGUGGGCAACACCUGCAGCGCCAAGAAGAGCGCGGAGCAAUCCGCGGCCGCCAAGGCGCUGGAGGCGCUGCAGGAGCUGCUUUCCAUCCGGAAUCUCCCCAUCAAGACCGCACCAGUGCAGCACGGGCAGAUCGCCAGCGCAAACUACAAAGGUCAGCUGGUGGAGCAGCUCCAGCAGCUUUUAGGGCACACCCUGAUGCCGGGCGACGUCCUCUUCAAGACGCAAGCAGAGCUACCUCCUUUUGUGUGCUCUGUGGAGGUGAACGCCCUACAGGAGAAGGUGGUGCUGCUGGGAUCUGCCUGCCCCACAAAGAAAACCGCGGAGCAGAGCGCGGCGCAGGCAAUGGUCGACAAGCUGCACAGGGAUCACCCCCAGAAACUGAAGAAGAAGCCGGUCCCAGGGCCUAUGGCUCCGAUCUUCUGCUGCACUGUGGCGGUGAUGCUGGGGGAGGCCGCCAUCGCCUCCGCCAGCGACCGCCGGGGCUUCUGCUCCAAGCAGGCGGCCAAGGAGAGUGCCGCCUUCGCCGCGUGUGAGGUGCUGAGCCAGAAAGUCGCAGGUGCGGAGGGCCAGCUGCAGCUCUCGGAGCAGCUCCGGCGCUUCGAGGGCCGGGUCCAGCCCUCAUCGGGUGUGCCGCGGCCUGUGGGGCUGGUCACCUGA